AUCUCUCGUGGAUUUCACUUCCAGGCUUUCAAACAACGCUAGAACUUAACGAAAUCACACCAUGACUACACAGACAGAAGCCCAGCCCAAUCUUCCCGAUCAGCACCCAGAUGCUAUGAGUAGAAUGAGAAACAAGAAGAAUGAAUUUAAUGAUGGCAGAAAGAGACCAAUUUACUCCUGGAAAGAUUCUGCAUUUGAUUGGAUCAAACAAACCGUAUACAGCGACUAUUCUGAUGAGAAAGUCGAAGCUAACUUAUUGUCACAUUUGCCGUUUUUCCCUGAAUCGGAUGGUAAGAGACGAGCCUCGGUUAUCAACACUGAUCUAGGCGAUGGCAAAUAUAUCCACGAAUUGUUUAUCGAGAAUAUUGAACCUGUGACCGAGUCAAGUGCAGUAAUGAAUCCUAAUGGUUUGCCAGCCACUAAGGAAGUUGUUUUGGUUCAUGGUUAUGCCGCCUCGUUGGGUCUUUUCAUUGACAAUUUUGAUUCCUUAUCAUCCAUCCCAGGAAUCAAAAUUCAUGCUAUUGAUUUGCUUGGAUUCGGGUUUAGUGCAAGACCAAACUUUCCACACUUUCCUUCAAAAACUAAACAAGAUAUUUAUAAAGUGGAAGACUGGUUCAUUGAUUCUAUUGAGGAAUGGAGAAAGAAGAGAAACAUCAACAACUUUGUCUUGAUAGGUCAUUCGUUUGGGGGUUACUUGAGUUGUGCCUACACUCUUAAAUACAACCAGAAACUUAUUGAUGCCGCCACUGGCAUUAAUCAUAAUUUAGUGGAAAAGUUAAUUUUGUUAAGUCCAGUCGGUGUUGAACGCCACAAGAAUUCCUUAUUAAAAGAUCAAGAAUCUGUAUCUAUUUCAGUUGCUCAACAACAAAAAGAAAACCAAUUAAGUCCGGUUGUUUCUUUGGAACAAGAAGUGUUGACCAGUCAAGAAGAAAUUGUUCACGGUAAAGCUGGUGUCAAGCCUCUCUCAGCUUCUCCAUCUGCAUCUGUAUCACAAUCAUCCAAUCAAGAAGCAUCUGAAGAAGAACCAAGAACCAGAAGAAGAAAGAUUAUAGAUUUCAUGUGGGAACGCAACUUCUCCCCCUUUUCCAUUGUCCGUAAUCUUGGUCCUAUCAAGUCCAAGAUGAUUUCUGGAUGGACAACCCAUAGAUUUGCUCAUGUUUAUUAUCAAGAUCAGCAACAUUUCCAAAAUGUUCAUGAUUACAUGUACAGAAUCUUCAAUGGUAAAGGAUCUGGUGAAUAUGCCCUUACUAGGGUGUUGGGAGUUGGUGCAUUGGCUAAAUUGCCAUUGUUGGAUAGAUGUCCUGAAAAGUUUGUUGCCAUGGGUAUCCCAACUUUGUGGGUAUAUGGAGAUAAAGAUUGGAUGAAUGAUGAAGCUGGGUUGGAAAUGGUUAAUGAAAUUAAUGAAUUAUCUAUCAAGAAAUCAGAAAAGAAAUUGGCUAGUUUCAGUAUAUUACCAAACGCUGGACAUCACUUGUAUCUUGAUAAUCCCCCAGCUUUUGCUCGUGAAAUAUUUAAGUUCUUGGGUUUUAGAAGAUAAAUUCAAACUAAAUAGGUGUAUAUAUGGUAUUUAUAGUAGAGAAGGUAAUUAUUUAAGAAUUUUUUCACAUUCUUGUUUGU